GCUCUUUGAACCGGCUCGUUCGUGACGACACAUCUCUAUUACCAACGUAGCGACCCGGUGCUUUGCUGGAGUUUGACGUGGCACUCUGUUUCCACUGAGGGUAAUACACAGUGAAGAGAUCUCUGCCCAAUAUUCAGGUUGUCAAAACUCAUUCAUCCUGGCAUGAGAAGACAGUAACAUCACAUCAGAAUGAGUCAACAGGGUUAUGUUGCUGCACCCCCAUACUCCCAAGCCCAGCCAGGGAUGGGGGGGUACCAAGGUGGAUUUGGAACUGGUCCUGCACAGCCCCUCUAUGGGCACUAUGGUGGACAGCCUCAGCCAUGCGCCGCUCCACCAAUAGGUGUGAUGAAAUUACCAGUUUCCUCUGCUGCCGGUAUGCCUCCGCCUCCAGCGUCCAAUCAGUACAAUCCAAACAUCCAGCAGAAUGGCGCACAUCCACAAAGAUACCCUGCUCCUCCAGCUGCUUAUGGACAACCUCAACAGUCCCCAUACAACAGCAUGGCCUCUCCUGCCCCACCUCCACCACAGCAGCUCACCAAUCAGAUGAGUGCUAUGAACUUGGGCAAUUAUGCCUCAGGUCCCAUGCAGAGCCCUCCUCAUCCAGCAAGCUCUGUAGCCCAGCAGCCUUUCCAAACACCCCUUCCUCCAGCAAUGGGCCAGCCACGGAUGCCUCCAGGCCCGCAGUCGCCCCACAUGUCCCCCCAGAUGUCUCCACUACAGUCACCCCAAGGAAGUAUGCCAAUGGCAGGCCAACAGAUGGCAGGCCAGCCGAUGGCAGGCCCACAAAUGGCGGGUCCCCCAAUGGCAGGCCACGCGAUGACAGGCCCACCAAUGGCAGGCCACGCGAUGACAGGCCCACCAAUGGCAGGCAUGGGUGGACCCUUCCCUGGGCCACAUCCUCCAGGCCCUGGAGGUUUCCAGCAGCCUGGUCCUGGAGCUGCUGGUCCACUAGGAUACCCACAGCAAGCAGGUCCGUUUGGGGGACACAUGGCUGGGCCCCAGCCAGGCAUGCCAGGGGCCUUCCCUGGAGCACCAGGCGGACUGGCGGGACCACCUCAGAAGAAACUGGACCCUGACUCUAUCCCCAGCAUAACUCAAGUCAUCGAGGAUGACCAAGCAAAACAACGGGGACAGGUCUACAGCACGAGCAUCAGAGGACAGGUUCCACCUCUGGUCACCACUGACUACACAGUACAUGACCAAGGCAACGCCAGUCCCAGGUUCAUCCGCUGCACCACCUACUCCCUACCUUGCACCGCCGAUCUGGCCAAACAGUGCCAAGUGCCCCUGGCUUCCAUCAUUAAACCCUUUGCCAGUUUGCCAAAGAAUGAGACUCCUCUAUAUGUUGUGAACCACGGUGAGACCGGCCCGAUCCGCUGCAAUCGAUGCAAGGCCUACAUGUGUCCCUACAUGCAGUUUAUCGACGGGGGGCGUCGCUACCAGUGUGGUUUCUGCAACUGUGUCAAUGAAGUGCCAGUCUUCUAUUUCCAACAUCUUGACCACAUGGGCCGGAGGGUGGACUUCUUUGAGAGGCCUGAGCUGUCCCUGGGAUCCUAUGAGUUUGUAGCCACCCUGGACUACUGCAAGAACAACAAACCUCCGAAUCCUCCUGCCUACAUCUUUAUGAUUGACGUGUCCUACAACAACAUUAAGAGUGGACUGGUCAAACUGAUAUGUGAUGAGCUGAAGACUCUACUGGAGAAUCUGCCCAGUGAGGAAGGCAUGGAGAGCUCCGCCAUUAAGGUCGGCUUCGUCACCUACAACAAGAUCCUCCACUUCUACAACGUGAAGAGCGCUCUGGCCCAGCCCCAGAUGAUGGUGGUCUCAGACACCGCUGAGAUGUUCGUCCCGCUGCUCGACGGCUUCCUCGUCAACUAUCAGGACUCGAGGGCUGUCAUAUACAACCUCCUGGACCAGAUCCCUGAUAUGUUUGCAGACACCAACGAGAGCGAAACGGUCUUCGUUCCUGUCAUCCAGGCCGGCGUGGAGGCAUUCAAGGCAGCAGAAUGUAGCGGAAAGCUCUUCAUCUUCCACUCCUCCAUGCCCACUGCCGAGGCUCCGGGCAAACUGAAGAACAGGGAUGACAAAAAGCUGGUCAACACGGAGAAAGAGAAAACCCUGUUCCAGCCUCAGAAAGGAGUGUAUGAGCAGCUGUCUAAGGAGUGUGUGGCACAGGGCUGCUGUGUGGAUCUCUUCCUCUUUCCCAGCCAGUACGUGGACAUCGCGACCAUGGCCGAUGUGCCCUCACACACCGGAGGCUCCGUCUACAAGUACAACAACUUCCAGGUGGAGACUGAUGGGGAGCAUUUCCUGAGAGAUCUGAGAAAAGACGUGCAGAAGAGCAUCGGAUUUGAUGCCAUCAUGCGUGUUCGUACCAGUACAGGUUUCAGAGCCACCGAAUUCUUUGGUGCCGUCCAUAUGAACAACACCACAGAUAUAGAGUUUGCAGCUGUGGAUUGUGACAAGGCUAUAACAGUAGAGUUCAAACACGACGACGCGCUCAGCGAGGAGACUGGAGCGCUCAUGCAAUGUGCCUUGCUGUACACCACCAUCAAUGGACAGCGACGCCUCCGCGUCCACAACCUCAGUCUGAACUGCAGCUUGCAGUUGUCAGAGCUGUUCAAGAGCUGCGAGACCGACUCGCUCAUCAACUUCUUCGCCAAAUCAGCGUGCCGUGCCAUAUUGAACCAGCCUCUAAAGAAUGUGAGGGAGAUUCUGGUCAACCAGACGGCCCACAUGCUGGCCUGCUACAGGAAGAACUGUGCCAGCCCCUCCGCUGCCAGCCAGCUGAUCCUGCCUGAUGCCAUGAAGGUGUUUCCGGUCUACAUGAACAGCCUUAUGAAAACUGCUCCCUUGGUUGGCAGCACGGAGCUCUCAACAGACGAGAGAGCCCAUCAAAGGCUGUCGAUCAUGGGCAUGGGGGUGGAGGACACACAGUUGCUGCUCUACCCACGCCUCACCCCGCUGCACAACAUGGAUGUUAGUAGCGAGGCUCCGCCUACUCCGGUGCGCUGCUCGGAGGAGCGUCUGACCGACUCCGGCAUGUUCCUGCUGGAGAACGGACACUCCAUGUUCCUGUGGCUGGGCCAAGCGAGCUCUCCAGACCUCAUCCAGAGCAUGUUUAACCUGCCCUCCCUCGCCCACCUGCAAGGAAACAUGUGUGAGCUGCCAGAACUGGACAACCCAUUGUCAAACAAGGUCCGAUCCAUCAUCAGUGACCUGAUUGAAAAGAGGCCUAACUCUAUGAAGCUCCAAAUCGUGAGGCAGAAGGAUAAACCAGAGAUGUUGUUCCGUCAGUUCCUGGUGGAGGAUAAAGGCCUGCACGGCGGAGCUUCCUACAUGGACUUCCUUUGCUACGUUCACCGAGAGAUCAGGCAGCUGCUCACUUAACCCCCUCCUCAGCGUCCCCUUCCCGACUGGCCUGGGAGAAACGCGCCCUCUAAUGGACCACGCACAAACCUCACAGGGUCAGUCUCAGUUGGCUCAAUCUUAAGGACGGUCCACAAACUUUUGAGAGUGUUUUACAAAGACAGAGGAAGAAACCAGGAACCAGGGAGAGCCUUUUGAGAUUUAACCUUGAGAGUCCAAAGCUGCCUUUUUCCAACAUACUUUCGUCACCCUUUAGCGUACACACAGUAUGAUCUUCAAAUAACCACUUGUCACUUGAGGAACUUCCUAAGUAAAACACGGACAACACAUCCAGCGUUUCCCGCACAGAUACUUAGUGUGAUGGACUGUGGAGACUGGAAUGACAUCAGUGUCUGAGGCUGAGAUGCGUUUUGGCAUAAAGCCCAUGGGCACAAGCAAUACACCAUAUAUCUCCACAGUGCAAUCGAGUUUUCACUUUGUAGAUUUACAGGAUCCAGACAAGGGGUUAUUUGUGGGCAAUACUGUAGAUGUUCACUUUGAAACUCAAUAAAGCUCGCCAGUCUUUGUUAUACACGAGUCUAAGUACGUCAAAUUACUUUUUUAAACAAUAAAUGAUCACAGAAAUUUAACUAUAUUUAAACAACUUAUGGAGGCUUCUACAUUUUAUCACACUUUUGCUGUCCUAGUGGAAAAUGUACUAAAAUAAACACAAGUAUCCACAGAACCAGUUUAUUCAUAAUUUAACAGAAAUAAUGCCGCUGCUGCCAGGACUGAAAAUCAUUCCCGUCAUUACACCAUGAGUGAUUCAAAGCAUUCGAUUCGCACAUGCCCCCACAAAAAAAAAAUCAGAUUCUUUGACCAUUUAUAGCAGAGACUCGAUCAACACAGUGUGCAGUGACGCAGGAAACGUUUUGUUUUGGUGUUCUGAGAUUACAAUGAGAUGAACACAGCUGUUGCUCUACAUAGAGAAGAAGGAUGAACUCGGGCAUCCUGAUGAAAAAAUUACACGUUUUUUUUCUACACGGCACGAGUCAGAAUUGGGACUAAAAAAGGGAUGCUUAAUGGAGUAGACUGCGAAUCGUGUUUUGGGACCAAAUAUAAAAAGCUUUUGCCUAAAACUGUCACACAAUAAGGGAAGCAAAAUAAUGUUGGGAGUGAUUCAUUUUGAGAAAUACUUUCCAACAAUGCCAUAUUAUUAUGAAAAAGGGUGCCAGCUGACAAAUCUGACGUGUGCCAGGACAAUAAAAUCAUCAGUUACUAUUGAAUCAGCAGACUUUAAAGUGUAAAAGAAGCUCCCGUUUCAACCCAAAUUCAGUAAAAUCUUGUUACACUAAUAACUAUAAUCUGCAAAAUUGUCUGUAAUGACGACAUGUAACAUUUAAGUCCAGCAAUAGCAUCAUACUGUAUUGCUUGUUUUUAUAGAGGUAAUUGUCUCUGUGUAAUUCAUGUAUGCAUUUGAUAAAUAUGGUAUGAUUUUGUGUGUGUGUGUGGCCUACAAAAAAGUCCUUUUGUACAUGGAAUACACAAUUUGUUUGUUCAAAAGAUAUGACCAUCUAUCUGCCUUACGUUGAUAUGAUAGUUGUUAAAACAUAUGUUCAAAGUAUAUCUGUCCUAGAGGUCUAUGGCUGAUUUCAAUCUUGUUUGGUUUGUAUGCAAACUUAUCUCAGGUAAUUUGAGUACCUUACUAUUUUAAGUUGGAAAGAAGUGAUUUCAAUUUAACUGGAAAGAUGGACGGUUGUGUUUUGAGUUGACUUAUCGAUGUUCAUGGGCUUGGUGUGCCAUGUAUAUUUUAUUCCAAACCCUCAACAAAUUUUGUCUGAAUUAAACUCUUGACAUAA